AUGGUCGUCUUGGCACCGGGGGCGGACAUUGUUCCCCUUACACACCAAUCACUCUCCGAGAAUGAAAUUGGUCCUUUCAAGAAUGGAAUACCCUAUAAGAAAGCCAAUAUGAAGACCGUGGAGUUGGAGACCUUGUCUUCCGAUUACGCCAGCGCCGAUCCAGUGCCCAUUACCUCAAACGGCGAUGCUAUUAAGCACCACGAACAAAAAGUGCCCGACGGACUCAUCGCUUCUGAAACCACAGAUGGUUCUGAAAAUGAAAUGAUGGCUAUGGAUGUAUUGAAAAUUAUCGAAAGUUACGGUGUUGACUUUGAGAAAUCGGGCAUUUCCUGGAAAGGCUUUGAGUCGUUUGUUCCAGUUGUCGUGGAGCAAAUUGACAGCCAACAGCCAAUUCGCAUGAUCUUGCCCGCAUUUCCUUUCAAAUCACCUAAUGCGAGAAGUAAAGUGUUGGGCACUAUGCCCGAUUUUGGCGAAGAAUUGGCCUUGGCUCAUUUGAAUGGACUUUGCCAAAAUAUCGGUGAAGUGUACACUCCUGGUGCCAAUGUCUACAUCAGCUCGGAUGGACUUGUAUACAAUGACAUCCUGGGCGUUCCCGAUGAAACCGUUUGGGACUAUGGAGAGACCCUGCGAAAAUUGGCCAUCGACAAAGAGCUCCAUCAUGUCAAAUUCAUUCGUCUUUUCGAACUUCUCGAGCAUCCAUGGUUCAAAUCCUCAACUCCAGAGGCUGCCAAGGCAUUCUAUCUAGCUCACGCUAGUUGUCUCCGACGAGAACUGAUGUACACCUUUGCUGACCCGAGCUUCGACGCAACGGAGGCUAUCAAAACCGACAAUGAUACAUGUCUGACAUACCGCGGUUACAUCAAGUUCCUUACCAAGGAUCUCGCCCAUCAGGAGGAGACGAAGACGAUGUCGAAACGUGCUCGACAAGCACAGAUUGCCGACACGGCACGACAAAUGAUCAUUCGCGGCAAAAUGUUCGCAGCGGCCAUCAAAGCCAACCGCAAAGACUACGUCCGACUAUCAAUCCACGAGUCUGCCGGCGAGAAAAAGCUUUCUGUCGCGCUUGUUCCACAGAUUAGAGGGCUACUAGGGUAUACACCUUGGCACUCUUGUGUGGCUGUCGGACUGGACGGUUCAUAUCGUACCGUCCACGCUGAAGACGUCCGCGAUACGCACGACCUCAUUUACAAGAACGGACAGCCAUAUUUCUUCCGCGAGAAGUCGAGUCUUUUUGACUGGACUGGAGACGGCUUAUCCAUCAAGUUCGAGCAUCUAUAUCCCUGCGGACUCGUCAUCCGCCCCGCAGAUAUCGACAAUGUCAAUCCGCCGCCAUCGAUCCGUUCCAUCCCCAUGAAAAAGGUCCGCCAGCUGUCGAACGGCAUGUCACCCAUCAUCAUACGCGGAUUUUCCGAGACUCUAGAGGAAGAUCUCUAUGUCAAGAAGGGAGAAGAGCUGGGCACAAUUCUCCCAUGGAGCUUUGGCAUAAUCCAAAAGGUACGGGACAACGGACGAUCUGACAAGAUGGGCAACAAUGUGACUUCGAACGAGGCUAUGCCGAUGCAUUUUGAUGGGAUGUUCAAGUUCGACGAGAUCACUGAUCCAGAAACGGGGGAGAAGAAGAAAAUCCAACACCCACCCUGUUAUCAGUUCUUCACUUGUCCGGCCACUGCGCCGAAGGGAAAUGGAUACACCUUAUUUGCUAGCUCCAGACUAUUUUUCCGGUACCUGCCUAUUCCGUGGUCUGCUGAGCGUCUUGAAAAGGUCACCUGGGCUAUGGAUAACGAUGGGUUCUGGGAUGCGAAACUUAAGAAUCUGCCCUUGAUCGUGAAGCAUCCUAUCUCUGGACUGCCUUGUCUACGUUGGCAUCAGCCGUGGGACUCAACCAAGACCAAAUUCUCGACCUGUGAUGUUUCAAUCGAGAAUGACGAUAAUGAUCUGGUCAAGGUUGUGGAUCGCAUCACAUAUGACUAUAGAGUUUGUCUUCGCUUUGGUUGGGAGAAGGGUGAUCUGCUGGUUAGUGACAACUUUGCCAUGCUGCAUACUCGCACUGGAUAUGUCAGUGACUGUGAUCGGGAACUGUGGCGAAUUCACUGUGACUGA